AUGACCUCCAACAGCACAGACCCUGGUCUCUUCCUGACUGCCAACACCUCGCCACCAGCGGUAGGAGCCUAUCCACAAUCCAAUGCUCUCCACCAAGGAGGAACCGGAGGAGGCCCCUGGUGGUUUCCAAUGAAUACCCUGGGUGACAAUUCCUCUUCCACCAGCAAACUCUUAAACCUCACCUCUGAAUCACAAAAUGGGAACCAAACUGCAGCCCAUAAUCCCUUGGUUAGCCACCCCGUGUGGCAGGUUGUCAUCAUUGUCUUUCUUACAGGUAUGCUAUCACUGGUCACCAUCAUCGGCAACAUCCUGGUAGUGGUAUCCUUCAAGGUUAAUCGCCAGCUAAAAACAGUCAAUAACUACUUUCUGCUGAGCUUGGCUGUGGCUGACCUCAUCAUAGGGGUCAUCUCCAUGAACCUCUAUACCACUUAUCUUGUGAUGGGCUACUGGGCCAUGGGCAACUGGGCCUGCGACCUGUGGCUGGCUAUAGACUAUGUGGCCAGCAAUGCAUCAGUUAUGAACCUGCUGGUCAUCAGUUUUGACCGCUACUUUUCAAUAACCAGGCCACUGACCUACCGUGCCAAACGGACCACAAAGCGAGCUGGAAUCAUGAUUGGCCUAGCCUGGUUUGUUUCUCUUGUACUGUGGGCCCCAGCCAUCCUUCUAUGGCAGUAUUUUGAGGGUAAAAGGACAGUACCUUCGAAUCAAUGCUACAUACAGUUCCUCUCAGAGCCUACUAUAACCUUCUGCACAGCCAUGGCAGCUUUUUACCUGCCUGUGACAAUAAUGAGUGUUCUUUACUGGCGGAUUUACAAGGAGACUGAAAACCGUUCGAAGGAGUUAGCUGAGUUGCAGGGUUCAGGGUGUCGUGGUGGGAUACGAGGAAGAAAUGGGGAUGGGGAGAGCGAGCGAGCCCGUUUUGUGCAUCAGACAGGAAGCUCCAGAAGUUGCAGCAGCUAUGAGCUAACCAGGUUGUCCCAGAGAAAGAGCACAUGUCGGGAGCUGGUUGACCGCUUCCGCUGCUGGCCUGGAGUUCGUUCUUGGAGACCUGGUAGCACCCGACAUGGAGAUGGAGACCCAGACCAGAGCAGUAGCGACAGCUGGAACAACAAUGAUGCUGCAGUCUCGUUGGACCACUCUGGGUCUUCAGAGGAUGAGGACUGUGGGGGCGGAGAGAUGAUUUCCCAGAGUCAUGCUAUUUUCUCCAUUGUUCUCAGCCUGCCUGGUAUCAAGGCUGCUGUCAACUCUCAACUCACUUCAUGUGAGGAUCUGGAUGCAGCCUCAGAAGAAGACCCCCUCAGAGGGGCGGAGUAUAUCCGAGACAGCCUCUCAACAAUCACCACCAACACCACUGCCGCCACUACUCCUGAUGGAGCAAACAAUACAGAAAAUAGCUACCACCAACGCUUCUGCUCACGCAAGGUUCAGUCCAUGUCUAACAUCCAGGCAACCCCUAAUGCAGGCUCUCUGGAUGGUCCUCCAACAACCACUACCACUGCCACUGAAACUAAUACCACCAGCACAACGACCAAAUCCCCCUCUGUCCCAAUGUCCUUCAAGGAGGCAGCUCUAGCUAAGCGUUUUGCAUCCCGAGCUCGGAUUCAGAUCACCAAGAGGAAGCGCAUGUCCCUAGUGAAGGAAAGGAAGGCAGCUCAAACUCUUAGUGCCAUUCUCUUUGCUUUCAUCAUUACAUGGACACCUUACAACAUCAUGGUGCUGAUAAAUGCCUUUUGUAAAGUUUGCAUCCCGGAGACCCUGUGGGCAGUGGGGUACUGGCUGUGCUACGUGAACAGCACAGUCAACCCCAUGUGCUACGCCCUGUGCAACAAGACUUUCCGUACAACCUUUAAGAUGAUAUUGAUGUGCCGCUGGGACAAGAAAAAAAGGAGGAAGCAGCAGUUCCAGCAAAGGCAGUCAGUGGUCUUCCACAGGAGGAUUCCCAGGGAGUCCACGUAA